AAUUCCCAACCUCAUUUGUUGCCUUCCCUAUUCUGGUGUCCCGCGAUUUCCAGGUCCGGGAAUCCGCUUUCCUUCAUCGUCUGCUUUUCUUUUCUUCCGAAAGCCAAGCUAUCGCCGAUCAAUUUAAUCAAUCUGUCUCUGCGAUUCUUUCCGUUUCCAUUCCUUGGUUUCCAGAAUUUCCGAAACGUUUCGCCUUUGACCCCAAUCGAUCGAUUCCUUUCGUCUCUUUCCUGAUUCGCAUUGUUCUUGCUUCUUUCCCUGAGAAUGGAUCGUAGAGUCAUUGAAUUGGAAGAAGGAUGGGCUUAUAUGCAGAGAGGGAUCACAAAGCUGAAGAGGAUUCUAGAAGAAUUGCCCGAACCCCCUUUCACUGGAGAGGAAUAUAUGAUGCUCUACACUACCAUCUAUAACAUGUGUACGCAAAAACCCCCUCAUGACUAUUCUCAGCAGCUUUAUGACAAAUAUCGUGAGGUGUUUGAAGAAUAUAUCACUUCAACGGUAAUGCCUUCCCUUAGGGAGAAGCAUGAUGAGUUUAUGCUGAGAGAACUUGUGAAAAGAUGGGCAAAUCAUAAGGUUAUGGUCAGAUGGCUUUCGCGUUUCUUCUUUUAUCUUGAUCGCUAUUUUAUUGCUAGACGGUCGCUUCCUCCUCUAAAUGAAGUUGGACUCACCUGCUUUAGGGACCUGGUUUAUCGGGAGGUCAAUGCAAAGGCCAGAGAUGCUGUCAUUGUUUUGAUCGAUAAAGAACGCGAGGGAGAGCAGAUUGACAGAGCACUGUUGAAGAAUGUUAUUGAUAUAUUUGUUGAAAUUGGUAUGGGACAAAUGGAUUCUUAUGUAGAGGACUUUGAGGCACUGAUGCUUGAAGAUACUGGUGCAUAUUAUUCUCGCAAAGCAUCAAACUGGAUUUUGGAGGAUUCUUGUCCUGAUUACAUGUUGAAGGCUGAGGAAUGCUUGAAAAGAGAGAGGGAUAGAGUUUCUCAUUACCUACACUCAAGCAGUGAGCAGAAGUUAGUGGAGAAAGUGCAACAUGAGUUAUUGGUGGUCUAUGCAACGCAAUUGCUUGAGAAGGAACAUUCUGGAUGUCGUGCUUUGCUUCGAGAUGAUAAGGUGGAAGAUCUUUCUAGGAUGUAUAGACUUUACCAUAAAAUACCACGAGGCCUUGAUCCUGUCGCCAAUGUAUUCAAACAGCACAUUACCGGUGAAGGCACAGUAUUAGUCCAACAGGCUGAAGAUGCUUGCACUAACCAGGCAAAUGGGGCUGGCACACAGGAACAGGUCCUUGUCAGAAAAAUAAUUGAGCUGCAUGACAAGUACAUGACAUAUGUGAAUGACUGUUUUCAAAACCAUACUUUGUUUCACAAGGCUCUCAAAGAGGCUUUUGAGGUAUUCUGCAAUAAAACUGUUGCUGGCACUUCAAGUGCUGAACUACUUGCUGCGUUUUGUGAUAAUAUUCUCAAGAAGGGUGGGAGUGAGAAAUUGAGUGAUGAGGCCAUAGAAGAAACUCUUGAGAAGGUAGUUAAACUACUUGCAUAUAUUAGUGACAAAGACCUUUUCGCAGAAUUCUACAGGAAAAAGCUUGCUCGCCGGCUCCUUUUUGAUAGGAGUGCUAGUGAGGAACACGAAAGAUGUAUUUUAACAAAGCUUAAACAACAAUGUGGUGGUCAGUUUACCUCGAAAAUGGAGGGAAUGGUCACCGAUUUGACAUUAGCACGGGACAAUCAGAACAAUUUUGAGGAAUAUCUUCGUAAUAACACACAUGUAACUCCUGGGAUUGAUCUGACCGUGACUGUUCUUACUACGGGAUUCUGGCCAAGUUACAAGUCUUUUGACCUAAACCUUCCUGCAGAGAUGGUGAAAUGUGUUGAAGUCUUCAAGGAAUUCUAUGCAUUGAAAACGAAACAUAGAAAGCUUACAUGGAUUUACUCUUUGGGUACUUGCAAUAUAAGUGGCAAAUUUGAGGCUAAAACCAUUGAACUGGUUGUAUCAACCUAUCAGGCUGCUGCCCUUCUGCUGUUCAAUACUGCUGAUAGAUUAAGCUAUUCUGAGAUAAUGACGCAGUUAAAUGUAACCCAUGAUGACUUGGUUAGAUUACUCCACUCCCUGUCAUGUGCAAAGUAUAAGAUUCUCAAUAAGGAGCCAAAUACCAAGUCUAUCUCGCAAAAUGAUGUUUUUGAGUUCAACUCGAAGUUCACUGACAGAAUGAGGAGGAUUAAGAUUCCCCUCCCGCCAGUGGAUGAAAGGAAGAAGGUAAUUGAAGAUGUUGACAAAGACAGGCGAUACGCCAUUGAUGCUGCAAUAGUGCGAAUCAUGAAGAGUCGGAAGGUUUUGGGUCAUCAGCAGUUGGUUUUGGAGUGUGUUGAGCAGUUAGGCCGUAUGUUUAAGCCUGAUAUCAAAGCAAUCAAGAAGCGGAUUGAAGAUCUCCUCACUCGAGACUACCUUGAGAGAGACAAGGAUAAUGCAAACACGUUUAGAUACUUGGCAUGAUCCAACAAAUGGACGUCUGGAGUUCGGGAUUGGCUUUGCAGAUUCCUCUGAGCAAUAGAUUUGCUGUAAAUGUUUGUGCAGCUUGGUUUACUAUUCCUAGGAUUUUGAAACAGAAGUAAAUUUUAGUGCAAUUCAACUGAAACCCAUUUUUGUGCACUCGAAUCUCAUCUCCAAUUCUCAGAGAAAUUUAUAGGAAUGCUUAUUCUCUA